AUGGGAAGCUUGAAACACUGGUUGCAGUUUAUGUGGGUUCGUUCAUCCUAAAAUAUCAGAUAAAUUGUCAUUUAUGUGAUAUGACGAGACAGUUAUAGUUACUCCGAAAACGCGGUUUACACCACCCGAGUAGUCCCACGAUGAUAUACCUGCUUGGACGGAUUAAAUGACACGUGCGCACACUGUGUUUAGCGCGAAAACGUAAAUACGACCAACGUGCAGGAGAAACAUGGCUGAAAAUGAUACAAGUCUUUAUCCCCCUUCUCUAAGGGUAAAAUCCGAGGUUUGGAAAUAUUUUGGAUAUCGUAAAAAUGCAGAUGGAUCUAUAUGCGACAACGGUUUCCCUGUCUGUAAAAAAUGUGGCAGACAAGUAGCCGCACAAGGGCGGAACACGUCCAACAUGUUUUCCCAUCUGCGCAGUAAUCAUCCGAUUCAAUUCAGAGAAAUAAGGAAAAUUUCAAAUAAGUUCAGAUCAGCUCUGUACAGGGCAAGAGUCACAAAAGCCAGGUAUCUUGCCGAAAGAAAAGACAGCAGUGAUGAUGUUGAGAUGAAGCAGGAAUCUGCUCCAGUGUACUUCAGCAGUGAAAAUGAAUUCAGCUCUGUGACGCACAACAGCCCUGAGAGAAACCACAGCUGGGUGAAGCAAGAGCCAAAGAAUGAAAUAAUCGAGUGGAAUAAUAUCAAAUCUGAGGUCCCCGCUGCUGCUGAACGGGACGUGUUGAGCAGUGCCAUCUCCACGACGACUCCAGCGGAGGCUUUACCCACAUGUGAUAUGUUGGCCUUUACAAAAAUGAAGUGUCUGCUAGAGAAUAAACAAGAGAAGAUUGACACACUGGAGAAACAGGUGCAGGACCUACAGGAGGAUCGCAAGUUCCUGCGCACACAGAUCGAGAACCUCACCAGCACUCUCUCUGGUUUUGUACGUGAGGGUGUGACAAGAAGAUUUCAAGAAACUUGAACUUACAAGAAAAAACGAAUGGAUUGGUUUCUGUCUAUUUUUUUUAUUUGUACACGGCAUACACAAAUAGUAUACCUAAAUCUGAAAAAGGACUGACUGAAAGCUGUGAUCAUGUGCAUUUUCACUUUAUUCAUCUACGUCUAGCUGUAUGCCCUCACAAAUGAGACAUGAUGCUUGAAUAAUAAAGUGUACUCUGAUACAGUUGCAGACUGAACACACCAGGGGACUGUUGUGCACAUGUAGGGACCUAUAGAAGACAUAUACUGUAGAAGGUAAUAAUAUAUAUAAAAUAUGCUUGUUAUAACACUGGUUUCUACUAAUACUUAUAUAAUAUUGUUUUGUGCAUACUUUUUUAUCCAAAUUUUGUGUAUUAAAUGGGACACACAAAUCUC